AAAUGAUUCGGAAAAUUAGAAAAAGUAAUAUUGAAUGAGGAGGAGAGUGAGAAAGAAAGAGAAAGGUGAGUGGUUGUUUGAGAGGUGGUUUUCGGGGGAGAUAUUAAGGUCGAGUGUCGUAGUUUUAGAUGUGGGCAUGCGCCCUUACUCCCACACUCUCUCUCUCUAUGUGGGUCCCAUUUCCUUUCUCUUUCUUUAUAGGUAGCUCGCUCUUCUCCAAGCAUAGUAAAACUAACCCACCCACACUUUUCCCUUUUUUUCUUCUCUUUCUUUAAAUUUUUAAUUUUUUUUUUUUAAAAAAAAAAACUUUUGUUUUCUCUCUCUCAAAUCCCCAACUAUAUAUUCCACGUCCUUCCCCUCUCUAUGUUCCUAAAUUUAAAAAAAAAAAAAAAAAUACAGCAAAACAUUGUGUAAUGCAAAAAAUGAGCAUCUCUGUCAAUGGCCAAUCCCAAGUCCCUCCUGGCUUCCGCUUCCACCCUACUGAAGAAGAACUCCUCCAAUAUUACCUCCGCAAGAAGGUUUCUUUCGACAAGAUCGACUUAGACGUCAUCCGCGACGUUGAUCUCAACAAGCUCGAGCCUUGGGACAUCCAAGAGAAAUGCAAGAUCGGAACCACCCCACAGAAUGAUUGGUACUUUUUUAGUCAUAAAGAUAAAAAGUACCCAACGGGGACUCGGACCAACCGAGCCACUGCGGCUGGGUUCUGGAAGGCUACUGGUCGUGAUAAAGUCAUUUAUAGCAAUUGUCGUAGAAUUGGAAUGAGAAAGACGCUUGUGUUUUACAAAGGUCGAGCCCCUCAUGGUCAAAAGUCUGAUUGGAUUAUGCAUGAAUAUCGGCUUGAUGAAAAUUCCACAUCGGAAUCCAAUAAUAUGAUGAAGGCAACGAGCGUUGUGAUUGGAGAUGGGGGACAAGAAGAAGGGUGGGUGGUGUGUAGGAUUUUUAAGAAGAAAAACCACCAUAAAACCCUAGAUAGUCCAAUGAGUUCUACAACUGCUGAAACGACGUCGUCUUUAUUGCUUGAUUCUUGCAAUGACGGUGCAUUAGAGCAAAUCAUUCACUACAUGGGAAGAACCUGCAAAGAAAUCAUUGAAGAAGAUCAAGAAGAAGAAGACAGCAUCGGCGUCGGCGUCGGCGGUGGGAGGUUACUCCGUCCAAUCGACACUUCCUCCGCCGUUAUUAAUGGCGGAGGUAGUUACCUGGACAGUAGAUUCUCCAAACUUCCAAACCUGGAAAGCCCAAAUUCUACCAGCACUCAUAGCUGUUACCAACCCAUUAACAACCAUAUGGGCCCCACCGAUCCAAUGAUAAUUUCCGGCUCUGGCUACCAAUUGGAGCCCUCUUCCUUCUCCGCCGCCCCUCACAAUUGGGCGGCAUUCGACCGGCUAGUGGCGUCGCAGCUCAAUGGCCAAAUCGAAGUCUCCAACAUGAUUUAUUACAGUGAUCAAUUGCCAACCCCAACUCUACGUGGAACGGCAUCGUUUUCAUCCAAAUCUUCAUCUUCUUCUUACAACGCCGCCAACGCCGCAGCCGCCGUCGCUCAAGAUUACAACAACGUCGAUACGGAGCUGUGGAGCUUUGCCAGGUUGUCGUCUUCUGACCCGUUAUGCCACGUGUCGAACACUCCAAUAUAAUCAUACAUGGAAAUGAGGAAGACGGAAUAAUUUUACAGAAGAGAGAGGAAUUUAAAAAGGUUUUUAAUUAAUUAAUUAAAUAUUUACAAAUAUGAUCAAUGAUAAUAUAUAGAUCAAACCUAUCAUAAUUCAUGUCUUGCAUCAUAUUAGGAAGGAAGAAAGAAGAAGAAAUGAUCAUAUGUAACAUAAAUAAACACAAAAUUCAAAAAGUAAAAGGUUAAUCAAAUUCAAGAGGGUUUUA